AUUCUCACGCCGGAAGCAGCUGUUCUAGCGGUGAAAGAAGGACGGCGUGGUCUUCAGUUUGCUAUGUCCACCAACAAUAUGUCCGACCCACGGAGGCCCAACAAAGUGCUGAGGUAUAAGCCUCCUCCGAGUGAGUGCAAUCCGGCUUUGGAUGACCCGACUCCGGACUACAUGAAUCUUCUCGGCAUGAUCUUUAGCAUGUGCGGCCUCAUGCUUAAGCUGAAGUGGUGUGCUUGGGUUGCUGUCUACUGCUCCUUUAUCAGCUUUGCCAACUCCCGGAGCUCGGAAGACACUAAGCAGAUGAUGAGUAGCUUCAUGCUCUCAAUCUCCGCCGUGGUGAUGUCCUAUCUGCAGAAUCCUCAGCCCAUGACGCCCCCAUGGUGAUGCCACCGAGGAAGCUUUGUUCCCAGACUCCGGCCCACCGUCGUCUCUCUGGCCUAGCCUUUGGCUGCCUCCACCCUCCCUCAGCUGCUGUCCUAAACUUGUCUGAGUGUGGUCUCUGGGCUCCCAGCUGAAUGGAGGGAAGUGGGCCCUUUCUUUGGGGUUCUGCUUCUGCUUUGACAAAGGGAUAAACCUGCAGACUUCCCUUUUACUCCUCCCCUGGCCACUGUUAUGAGAAACACUGCUCACAUUUCUAGGGAUUCACUUGUUUUCUUAUUGAAACCAAUUGAUAUAAAAAUUUCCACUCUGA